UUUCUUUUUUUUUUUGAUAGAAAACCACUGGUGUUCUCAGCUGUGGCUUUGCUGCCAUAUCCAGCAGCCUCAUGGCAGGGCUGUGACCUGAUGAGCUCUUUCCCAGGCUGGUCUGAGAACACCAGGAAUGAUGCUGGUUGCCUUUCCUGAGCCAAGUUUAACACCAAGCACAAGGGAAACAGCCAGGCUGUGUGAACGCAGCUGCCUUGGGCCCAUCACAGGCUGCAUUGCCUCAUGUCACACAAUGCUGCUGUUGGUUAUUAAAGGCAUCCAUGCUCUCAUGUUGGCAGCCUACCAGACCUAUCUUCUUCCAGCUGAGCCUCAAGGCUUAUUGUAUCAGAGCUCAAGAGAGAUGUGCCUGCCCUAGCUGUGUGCUGAUGGUGUCAGUCACACAGGUGAUGUGGGGUAACUGGCCACUCUUGAUCAUGCAUUCUGUGCCUGAUUUAAGGGCCCCAGUAGAUCCUAGCUCAGGGGAGCAGUGCGUGUGGCUGCCAGGGGGCAAUGGGGUUGAAACCUCAGCCUGAUGACAGUCAGAAGAGGUACUGUUUGCUGGGUCCCCACAGCUGGACCCAUGACAGUGGUACACCAAGAACUUGCAAUGAAUCCUGGGAGGCAUUCCAUCGCUGCUUGACAUGUCCAUUUCCUAUACCUUAGUGCUCAGAGGGAGCCCAAUCACUACCCCCAGCAACUCCUUCCUUCACCUUCAUUCUCCACCUCUGUGUGGUCUGGGCAGCAAGACACUUGUUGUAGGGAAGAACCUUGAUUUGGACCACCACACUGAAAUCCAUGCUGGAGAACCAGCAUUAGCAUAGAGUGAGAGCCAUUCUGUCAUUGUCUUCCAUGAAAUAACUGCAAAGUUGUGUCAUAAAGAACGUGCAAAGGUUCUGAUCAUCACUGCAGAACAUGUUCUGUGACGGCCUUGCUUAGAGGUCUGUAUCUUAGGGAUUGUGUUGAGUCAUGCAGUUGAUAAUCUAAAUGUAAAUAAUAGUUGAUGAAUUUUAAGAUUUGAAUUUCAUUAGGUGAAGGUUUUUAGACUUGAACAAAUGAAUUAUUUUUUCCAUGUAAUGCUGUAACAUGCUUACUAGCUUUGAUGAAGAGUGUUUCCCUGAAGCAGAGAUAGCAGAUAAUAAUAAGCAAGCAGACAAGGUUAUGCAGCAAGAGGAUAUUUUUGGAGAAGACAGGCCAGAGUGAGGUACCUUUUGGAAGCAAUCUUCUUCACUGAUACUUUGCUUCAACAGAUUGACAUCAUCUUAGGAAAGAAAAUAACUGUUUGCUAUUCCUGUCAUAGACUUCUUUCAAUCACUGCGACAGAUGUUCCAAGCAUGUUGUUCCUCUGAUAUGUUUCUUUAGUAGUAAAAUUACUGCAGUCUAAAUAUAGUUUAAAUUGGUUGAGGUACCUUGUUUGAAUAUGAUUCAUAAUUGCAUUAUACCUGGUUUAAAUAAGAGUGUAGCAGGACAAAACCAUUGGAAAGUCUAGUUAAUUUCAAGCCCAGGUAGGAAUUUUUAUUCAAUGAUAUUUCAAGUGCAAUGCUAUCUUUUUCUAAUAUAUCUUGCAAUCUGAUUUAGGAUGAACCUGGAUAACAUAGUGAACUUUCCUCCCCCUGCUCAUUAUUUGGAAUUACUUUGGACAAAAAAUGGGAAAAAUACUUAAAUAGUUCUCUUCUUCUGUAUCUGCAGUGUUGUCUUUUGUGGCAGCUGAAUGUUCUACAUCAAGAAUAGACAGAUUCUGUUAUCCUUUUUCUUUAGUGAAACGAAAUUUUACGUUCAGGAACAAUUGAGGUGGCUGAGAUUAGAGGGAGAACCAGUACACAUGCACAAGGUACCCACUAUUCCUUUGGGGACUUUGGAAGCUGAGAAGGCUAUGGUCCUUACAACCCUCCCUUUCCUCUGCCGGAGAGUUCCAGUUCAAAGCUCUUCUCUGUCGUUUUUCCUGCUCACUUGCUUCUGGGAGGGCUAAAAGGAUGAUGCAAGCUGAGUUCUGCUGAACCUGUUGGUGGUAAAUAGCUUCUCCUUUUUCAUUCUCUCACUCAUUUUGUACCUACAUGAUUGGUUGUUGCUCAUGUGGCCCACUUUCUGAGACCACUGGGUUGGGAGCACAGCUUCCUGCCUGGAAUUGGGUCAUGGUGGUGUGACAGUGACUGCACUGGUGUGUGUCCCUUCCAAGUGCGAUUCCAGUCAGUGACGUUGAUUGGGGGAAUGCUCUUGUUUGGAUACUGGUUGGCUGGAGCUUUCUGCUCCCUCUUUCUGACACGUAUACAGAUGAAGUUGCUAAAUUGCAGUGUCUGGGACAAGGUGCUCUUUUGUUUCCAAAAAUGAUGAGUAAAGCAACAAAGUUCAAGGUUUAUUUCAUCACUUGGACUUUUACUCCAAUGACAGAGACGGGGAGUUCAGCUUUAGAAAAUUGAGAUCCUCAGUUUGUCAUCUGUUCUUAUUUCAUUGCUAGUUUAAUAGACUGUUGAAAUAAUCCUCCAAGAAGGAAGUAAAUGUAGGGAGAUGCAGGUGCAAUGAUCUCCAGUGCCUAAUGACACUGGCUGUUAGCAUCCUUCAUUUUGUGCUUGUUUUUGGGGGAGGAGAGAGAAGCUUAUCUGGUAAUGACACACUGGCAGGUCAUUGCAGGGAAUCUGGUGCCAGCAGUAACACUCUCUUCAAGGUCCUGCUUCUGUGGGAAAACUCAUGGGUGGUUAACUUCAGCAUCCCAUUUUGAGCCUUCACAGAAGAGAGUGGUUCAUGUAUACUUUGUCUUGAAGCCAUUUGUGCCCCGCUAUGAUCUCACAUAAGGAGACAUCUUCUUUUUGAUUUGAUUUACAAAUUUGGAGUUGGGAUCAUUCAUAUUGAUCUUUCUUUGGUUUCAAGCUUCUUUGUGCACCAGUGAAGGUUGGAGUUGUUUACUUAUUAAUUUCAUCAUCAUACUUCUGUUGAUUUAAUGCCCAUAGGUAUUUAAGUUGUGAGAACAGUGAGAAAGACUUUGACAUCUAAUUUUCCCCCUUUUUGGUUUUAUAAUUAAAUAGGCAUCCUACAGUAUUCACCUAAGGAGUCACUUUGUAAAGUUCAUGGGUAAUUUCACUGUCCAUGGACAGCUGAAUGCACUUUUGGGACUUUUUUGCAGUAUGUUUGUGGCCUUCUCUUAUUGGUUUCUAUGACAAUUUUAUAUUCGGUUAGCUUUAGAAUGAAAGAACAAAAGGAUUCUUCAGCAUUCAAACAGGCUGCCUAGGGAAGUGGUUGAGUCACCAUCCCUGGAGGUAUUUAAAAGAUGUGUAUACAUGGCACUUAGGGACAUAGUUCAGUGGUGGACUUGUCAGCACUGUGUUAGCGAUUGGAUUCGAUGAUCUUAGAGGUAUUUCUAAGGGUUUUAAGAUCCAGCCUACUACUUCUUGAGUUUGCUUUCCUGUUUGAAGGUCUGAGCAAGGCACACCAGGACAGUUGCAGUAUCCAGGUUUCAAACUUCAUCUCUUUUGUCCAGUUUCCAUGCCAAGUACAGGAGCACGGUGAGACCUUUGGUUCUUGAAAGGUAGAUUGGUUAUUUAGGGACAGACAUUUGAGAUUAUUCUUCAUUUCUUUGUCCCUAUUUGUUUAUAAUAACAAGGUUUCCAGGAAGAAGAUACUGCCUUUAGCUCAGGAUUUACCAGGGCAAAUUACUUCAAAUGAGAAGUUUCUUGGAGGUGAAUGUAGCAGGUGUUCCUGCCAGCCUGUAGCAUUUGUAUAUAUCUAAUAAGGAUGGGAAACACCCUAACCUUAAGGUAACCUUCUACCCUCCUACUUUGCCAUCUGUCUCAAGACCUGCAAAAGAUCAGACUGCUUCUCACAAGCUUUUCUACCAAGGUUGUCUCCCAGAAAGGGAAGAAGAGUUAUAUAACAGUGUUUUCCUCGAAAAAUAUGUGUUAUGGUAUUCAACCAAGACCCUGAUUUUAGCUCCAGUAGAAGUCUAAAACUGGCACAAAUUGUUUUCCAAGGUCCCUUUUUCUGUGUAUAAAGAACAUAAAUUAACCAGUAGUUUAGUAUGUGGGGUAGAAUAUUCCUAAAUAGCAGCAAAGGACAAUGGUUCUUGGAAAGAGCCACAACCACCAAUUCCACUAGUUAGUGAGCUUUCCUUCUCCACGGGGGGAUACAAUUUGUCAGAAAUCACCAGUGGAGAGCUUGGAGGAGAGGAAAUGCACUGUGAUACAGAAAUGGAACCAGUUUCAGACAUAAUACCUUCCUGUUGAACAUUAAUGAACUGGAGCAGUUGUAUGUAGGGUUUGUGGCUUGUUACAUAUGCUUAGCUUGUCAAAAGUUUCUUGGGGCAUUAAGAGCAGGCAGUGUCAUUUGUGCAACAGGCAGAGCUCUCUGCUGGUGGAUGUAACACUGACCUUACUUGAACUGAUAAAUAGCUGUCUUAUCCAUGACCUUCAAUAGCUGAAAUGUGUACACCAUCUACAGCCUUUUUCUGGUUUGCUUCAAAAGAGACCACUGGAUAAGGCAUAUGUUUGUAUGUAUGUACGUAUGUAUGCAGUGCUCUGUGUGAUCUUUUCUGGCUUGUAACAGCACAUCAGGAGAAUUCCAGAGUUUAGGAGUAGCAGAGCAAUCACUUUUCCAUGUGCUCUUUCUUCCUCGUGAAACAUGUUCAUUCAUAGGGAUGCAUAGUGUUGUGCAGCCAGCUGAUCUUACAGGAAAAAAUAAAACACGACAGAAUGUAAUGUUGGGCUUUAUCUUCUCGAUGUAAAGUAAGACUUACCUCCUGUUUGCAUUCUCUAGUUUAAUUUGAAAGAAGACAGAGACAAUAUUAAAAUAUAAUGAGGGCAAUUCAUUUUGUGGUUCACAGUGGCUCAGAUUUAGAAGGGAAAAAGCCCACCUUAAUCAGCACAGUACUUAUGGGGCUCCCUGUAAGAAGGUUGUGCUUAACCUUCAGCAAACGCUUAUGGGCUGCUCUGAAUAGUAAUGGGUUUAAGCACAUGCUUAAGUGUUUUCCUGAAGGAAGACCUAAGCAUCUUCUCAAGUGUUAGAUUACGGCUUCAUUUACCUUAUUCAUAAAUCCCAGCAUCAGAGGCAAACUUUUCUUUCAUCUCUUGGCAGAUAUCUGGGUGUAUAGAUUUUUCCACCUCCGUUUGCUCUGUUUUCUGUGGCUCUCUUGCUGCAAUCUGAUCAGCCCAGGCUGACCUUCAGGGGUGCUCCACAUGUUUCGGGAGCCUGCCCGCAUGGCUCCGAUUGCACGAUCAAAGUCCGUACCUUGCCUUUCAUCUGCCGGCUCUCUGCCCUUCCCAGGGUUAUUAAUUUGAAGAACUCAAAGGCACAACCCCUUUCUGCUGUGCCUGUUCCCGGGGAAGUAGCAAUGGGAAUUGGCCGGUUGUCCAACGGCUUGGCUGUGUUGUCAGCGUUUUAAUCGUAAGAUGUGCAUAUAAACACACCCUGGGAAUCUCUAAGCAGCGAGUCCAAGUACCAGCCCUAUGCUGAUACCGAGCCUAGAUCAAAUCAUUGACAGAUGUCUUUUACAUGAAUGGAAGGAAUGACGGGAGAAGGCAUCAGUGUCUCCUUGGACAAAAUUGAAGAAGCACAAAAACAACUUAAUGGAACAGAAGACCAACAGAGAGAAAUCACCGAUGCUGGUACUAGAGGAACCCAAGAUACAAUUAAAGGUGUGAAAAGGAAAAAGAUUGUGUCUGAAAACCAUCUUAAAAAAAUACCAAAAUCGCCUUUGAGAAGCCCUGCUGAAGCCAAGGUUAAGCAAAAUGUAGACUCUUCACUGCUAAAAGCUCUUCCAGAUGCCUCCGAACAUGCCAGGGCACAGGAUCACUUGCCCAUGCAAAAUGGAAAUCAAUGUACCAAACAAAAUGGGGGAGCACUUAGCAGUGAGAUAAGUGUUGAAACAACCAAAUCUGAGACAUCAAUGCAGACAAAGCUUUCGCUGACGCAUCAGUCCUUAGAUUUGUGUAAACAGGUAGCAAGGGAUACUGAUGCAAACCAACUGAACUCAGCAGAGAAGAAGCCUCCCUCAAACUCCUCAUCAAGUAAUACAAAGACUGACAGUAAUGAAUGUAUUAAUUUUGUUGAUUGCAGUACGUCAUCCCCAUGUACGCGUACUGCAUUCGAUGUCUUACUAAAAGCUAUGGAGCCUGAACUGAACACCUUAGCACAAGAGUGCCCCCCUUAUGGAAUGCAAAUAGAGAAACUGAGACCAAAUAAAACUGUAAGCACCUCUUCUAGUCUCACAUCCAAUACAAUAAGUGUCCAAAAUCAGUCUGCUUCGUCACAGCAGGAGUUUGCAGCUGGACCUCACUAUUACCCGUUGAACAAUGUGCAUGUAGCAACAACAGCCAAGACUGGACAAGCACAAGCCCAAUCAGUUUCUCAUUCACAAGACCUUAUUACUAAAACCAGUCAGCAAAAUCACCAGGUUGUUAUGUGUCCAAGUUUAACUAGGUCGCUGGUGCAACAGCAAAAUCAAGAAAACCCCAAGCUCCAGCAGAUCUACAGCAUAGCAGUAACUUCGUCUGUUGUUCACACUUCAUCUUCCACUGUAACUCAGGUUUUUUCUCAAAACCCGUUAGUAGCUAGUUCAUCUUCACCAUUGUCAAUUAACACAUCGAGUUCAACACACUUGUCUAUAGGUCCGGUGUAUAAUUCAGCCCAGAUAGCAUCAGUUGUAAACCAUGGUGUAGAACAAAUAUGUAACCUCUUGAAAGACCAGAAGCCUAAAAAGUUAGGGAAAUAUGUCUGUGAGUAUUGCAAUCGGGCCUGUGCCAAGCCCAGUGUUCUCCAAAAGCACAUCCGAUCCCAUACUGGAGAGCGACCAUAUCCUUGUGUGACGUGUGGGUUUUCAUUUAAAACCAAAAGCAAUCUCUACAAGCACAAAAAAUCACAUGCACACGCCAUCAAACUUGGACUUGUCCUACAACCAGAUUCAGGUGGCCUCUUCUUAUCUCAUGACUCGGACAAAGCACUUAGCAUUCAUUCAGAUGUGGAGGAAAGCGGUGAAAGUGAAGAUGAAGGUACUGCAGAUGAAAGGCAAGAUGAUCAAGAACUGGAACCUGCACAAUUAAUGAAAGUCAUUUCAAGUGCAGAAACACUGCAGAAAGGAAGCCCUGUUCCGUUAGGCAACCCAGACUGUAUGCCAGGUGACUCUUCGUUACAUGAUGCAGAACCUCAAGUAAGGGCAGCUUUACCAAAAGUAGUAGUUCAUCCUGUAAAUGUUUCUCCAUUGAGGGCUGAUAGCCCAAAAGUGACAGAGCCAGCACCUGAGCUUGCUGCAGCACAGAGAAAAGGUGAUUCUAAAGUCACAACUCUUCAGUCAAAUUUAACACAUACAGCCGCAUUCAAGGAGAAUGACAUAAAGCAGCAUCAGAAAGUAGAAGCAGGCCUGUUAGAGGAACAGCCAGGAUCAACAGGAGGACCAGUGCAUGCUCAACUCCAGAGACAACAGGCAACUGAUGGUUCUCAAGAUCAGCAAGGAAAAUGUCUUUUGAGCCCUAGAAGUUUAGGUAGUACUGAUUCUGGUUAUUUCUCUCGUUCUGAAAGUGCCGAUCAAACAAUGAGCCCUCCAGCUCCUUUUGUAAGGGGAUUAUUGACCUCUGAGAAAGAUCCAAAUAAAAAUCUGCCCUGUGUGCCACGAGCAAGUGGCAUGGUAGCAUCAGUGGUACAAACUGUUUGUGCCGAAAAAAAUCUGAUUCUCUCUGGCCAAAUGCGACCUCCCUUAGCAACAAAAACUCUUGAGGAGCGUAUCUCAAAGUUAAUUUCUGAUAAUGAAGCUGUUGUGGAUGACAAACAGUUAGAUAGUGUGAAACCAAGAAGAACAUCUCUUUCAAGAAGAGGAAGCAUAGAUUCACCAAAAUCCUACAUAUUUAAGGAUUCUUUCCAGUUUGAUUUAAAGCCCAUGGGAAGAAGAACUAGCUCAAGCUCUGAUAUACCAAAGUCUCCUUUCACACCCACUGAGAAAUCCAAGCAAGUUUUCCUUCUUUCUGUACCAUCCCUUGACUGUUUACCUAUAACACGAAGUAAUUCCAUGCCUACCACCAGUUACUCAGCAGUACCUCCUAAUGUCAUACCUCCCUCUCAUCCCCUUCGAGGAAGCCAGUCAUUUGAUGAUAAAAUUGGCUCUUUAUACGAUGAUGUUUUUGUGUCGGGACCUGCUACUCCGCUGAACCAAGGUGGACAUCCUCGGACCCUGGUUAGACAGGCAGCAAUAGAAGACUCCUCUACUGGUGAAAGCCAAGGUCUUGGGCCAGUGCGAUCUGUAGAAGAAGGUUAUCUGGGGUGUAAUUUAUCAAAUGAAUCCUUACUGCAAAGGAGCAAAUCCCUGGCACAGGGAUCAAAUUUAGAGAAAACAAAGAAGUCCCCUCAGGUGCGAGGAACAAUGUUUGAAUGUGAAACCUGCAGGAACAGAUAUAGAAAACUGGAAAAUUUUGAAAACCACAAGAAAUUUUAUUGUUCAGAGUUGCAUGGACCUAAAACUAAAGCAGCAAUCCGAGAGCCUGAGCACAAAACUGCUCCAAACAGUACACAGCCUCAAAUUCUACACUACAGAGUUACAACUUCAACUGGUGUCUGGGAGCAGACGCCCCAGAUAAGGAAAAGAAGGAAAAUGAAAAGUGUUGGUGAUGAUGAUGACCCACAGCAAAAUGAUACGAGCAUACCAUCAAAGAACACAGAAGGCCAAAGCAAGCCAGCAAAUUCUUCCAGUCUGUCAAAACACAGUGCCACAGCCGUGGUAGGAUCACAACAACCAAGCAAACUUCUGCUUCAGAAUUCACAAAUUCAGCUUGUGGCUCGCAGCACAGAUCAGACUACUGAGCCAAAGAUGGCUCCACUCAUUGAAAAGCAGGCAAGUUCAGCUGUGCAAGAAAAGGUGGAGUUGAAGAGACAAGGGACUGGCAUUUCAGUAAUACAGCACACAAAUUCACUGAGCAGAAAUAGCUCAUUUGAGAAAUCAGAGUCUUUUGAAAGAGUAUCGCCAGUUUCUUCUCAAGAGACCAACAAGGUUGCAAAGCACCGCUCUUUGAACACAGUUGUAAUCCAAGAAGACAGACACUCUCAUAUGAGCACUCCCCAGCGUCACCAACCCUUGUCAUCAGAACCACCUAGAGGGGAAGUUCAGGGAAGCCAAUUAGUUUCUAAUGAGAGAAGUGCACCACUUCAGCCAUCAAGACUCGUUCGCCAGCAUAACAUCCAGGUUCCUGAAAUACUGGUCACAGAAGAACCAGACAGAGAGCAAGAAAACCAAUGCAGCGAUCCGGAAAAGACAGAAAGGUUUAACUGGCCACAACGCAGUGAAACACUGUCAAAAUUGCCAACAGAAAAGCUUCCACCGAAGAAGAAGAGAAUUCGGUUGGCUGAAAUGGAACAUUCAUCUGCUGAAUCAAGCGUUGACUCUACACUUUCCAGAAGCCUAAGUCGGGAGAGUAGCUUGUCUCAUGCCUCCAGUUUCUCAACUUCACUUGAUAAAGAUGAAACUUUAAAGACUGAGAACCUUUCCAAAGCAGAGCCUGUUAGUAAGUCUUCAGAAUUCCUCAUGAUUCCUGCUGGCUCACACGCACUGGCAGUGCCUGGACCUCAUUACCGAGAAAUGAGACGUGCAGCCUCAGAGCAAAUCAGCUGCACACAGCCCUCGAUGGAGGUUGUGGACUACAGGAGUAAGUCUUUCGACUGUGGAAGCAUGUCUCCAUCGAAACCUGUCCCACUUGUAGAGGUAGCCACUCCGAAAGUGUCAUCUGCAAAUGGGGCUGCUGGACACGUGCCUCUGCUAGAAAGGAGGAGGGGGCCAUUUGUAAGACAGAUAUCUUUAAAUAUUGCUCCAGAAAAUCAACAGCCUCAAGUGAAAUCGACUUCAUUGCAGGCAGCUCAUGCCUCAGAUGUGUCCACAGUGCCAUUGAAUAGGCUGCAGACCCCUGGCAAAUCCUCAGUGGAGUUUCCUUCAAGUACUCAGCAUUCACAGACUAACUCCAGGCCUCAUUCAGCGAUUCAAAAUUGUAAUCCUGUUAGCCUAUCUUCAGCUCAGCAGCCUCUAGAUCACAUGGUGAAUAAUCAAGGCCAGCCAUCCUUGACUCAUCAUCCUUCCCAGCCAUCUACUAAAACAUCAGCCCAAGGGGAGCAAGCAAGCAUGAACUCGCUUUCUUGUCAUCCUGAAGAAAAAAAGGACUGUUUUGCUCCAAAGUAUCAACUUCAAGUUAAAACAUUACAUAUAGGUCAGCCAUACUCUUCUAAAUUGCUAAAAAAUACUUUAUCAACUCAGACUGGUCCGAGUCAAGUUGGGGUGGACCAGAAUGCAUCUUCCUUUGAAGUGCAGACAAAACUCUCUGACAUGUCUAAUCCAUACUCUGUGCCUCCUCUAAAGCAAAUCGUUCCUAAUAACUGCAGCAGUCAGAUACAUCAGAUUGCUCCUUUUGUGGUUCCUGUCCGUAUUCAGAGCAGUAUGCCAUCCUAUGGCUUUGCAACUGUUACACCCCUGCCUCACAUUUUAGUGACUCAGGAUCAGGGAAAUCAGUCCGUCUGCAAAACAAAUGUUGUGACAGUGCCAAUGCUUGAAGGCAAAACUCAGCUGCCAAAAUCUCACAAAGAUCAUCAGAGGAUUUUGCCAAAUUCAUUUGAAUUUGAAAAUUCACUACUGGAAAGCGGAACCAGAAAUUCACCUUUGUCAAGCUCUUCAAAUAUCAUUCAGAAAGUGCCAGUUAGCGGGCUCUUCCCUCAACCAGAAGUUACAGCUUCAAGUAAACGAAUGCUUUCCCCAGCAAACAGUUUAGAUAUUGCCAUGGAAAAACAGCAGAAGCGUGUUAAAGAUGAGAGUGGGGCUGCUUGUAUGACAGAUGCUAGACCAUUGCAAUCACUGAGCGUUAGAUCUAAUGACCCUACUAGUAAGCAAAAGAAACCAGUUUUGGUAAGACAGGUUUGCACCACAGAGCCUCUAGAAAAUCACCUCUUGGAUCCUGAUGUUACACAGCAUGAAAAGAGCAGCAAGGCCAGUACUUCAGACCUACCUGACCAUCAGUCAUCUGACACUGGGGUUUCAGAAACCCUAAAGAAGUCACCAGAAUCCGAAGACCUUAAGUCUUCCACGUCACCGGUGUUUGUAGUUAGGAAACCUUCUGAAUUGUCUCCAGUGAAUAGCCAGAGUUCUCUUCUCAAGGCUGUAAGUAGCAGUCAAGAAAGAAGGUCCCCGAGUAACAGUGAUGAGAGCACCCACAUCAGCAGCCCGGGCCAAGCAAAGCCUGUAGUGACACUGGCUGUGAUGAAUGCAGGAGAAAUGCAGAGGUUGUCAUUUCCAAGCCUCAAGACCACAACAAAUUUUACCUGGUGUUACCUCAUGAAGAGAAAACCAUUGCAUCUGCUGCAAAAUGAUCAAAAAAUCUCUGCCUAUUCUACAUGGACCGUUAGUCCUAACAACCCCAAUCCACUCGGUUUGUCGACAAAGGUAGCUCUCUCCCUCCUCAAUUCCAAACAAAAAGUUGAAAAGCCACUGUACACUCUAGCAAGAACUACGCACCCCAGAUCUGAUGUGUUGGUCUAUUCAAGCAAGUGGAAGAACAGCUUGACCAAGAGGGCAUUAAAUAGGAAAAAAAUGACUCCAACUGAAUUCAGCAAUAAGGAAAACUCUGAAUCAAGCACUGAGCACGAUAAAGAAAACUCCUUUAUCAAAACUGUACCAAGAAGAGUUAAAAUAUUUGAUGGAGGGUACAAGUCAAAUGAAGACUAUGUGUAUGUGAGAGGGAGAGGGAGAGGGAAGUAUAUCUGUGAGGAAUGUGGAAUACGUUGCAAGAAGCCCAGCAUGCUGAAGAAGCACAUUCGCACACACACCGACGUCCGUCCUUACCACUGCAAUUACUGCAACUUUUCCUUCAAAACUAAAGGAAAUUUAACAAAGCAUAUGAAGUCAAAGGCACAUAGCAAAAAAUGCAUGGAUUUGGGAGUCUCAGUAGGCUUAAUAGAUGACCAGGAUGGAGAAGAAGAAUUUGGUGAGAAGCAAAGAUUUGGUUAUGACCGGUCAGGAUAUGAUGUGGAGGAGUCUGAUGGUGGCGAUGAAGAUGAAAAUGACAAUGAGGACGACGAUGAGGACAGCCAGGCUGAGUCAGUGCUAUCCACAACGCCCUCGGUGACAGCCAGCCCCCAGCACCACCCCUCUCGCCACGGCCUGCAGGAUGCUGCCAGCACCGACGAUGACAUCCGGCUUCCCGACUGCUUCACCGGGGCUCACACGGACUCCAUGGAUGGGCUCCCAAAAGCGCUGCUGACCAAGAUGACUGUCCUUAGCACAGUGCAGUCGGUCAGCAGGACCUCCAGGUCGCCAGCAGAGUCCACUCUUCAGGAAGCACAUGAGGGCAAAGUCCAGGAGAGAGUAGUGGGUCCCUGCGGUGCUGAUGCAGCACUGACGGACAUCGCUCCUGCAUCUCCAGGUCGCCACAUGUCUGUGGAUUACUCUGAUCCAGAUACAGCCUUGGGCCACUCCUUAAUAUCAACUGCAGCUCUUACAAAGAGCACGCCCUCCAUCAGCUCCCCGUCCUCGCCAGCAGACCACAGCAUGCCGACCACGGUGCCGUCACCCUACACGGAAAUCCCGGAGGAGAAGCCGGCUGCCGAGCCAAGAGCUCCCCAGACUCACCUCUUCAGCCACCUGCCCCUGCACUCGCAGCAGCAAGCCAAGGCUCCCUACGGCAUGGUGCCGGUCGGGGGCAUCCAGGUAGUCCCUGCCGGCCUGGCCACCUACUCCACCUUUGUUCCCAUCCAGGCGGGGCCAGUGCAGCUCACUAUCCCAGCUGUGAGCGUGAUUCACAGAACUACCAGCGCCCUUGGCGAGACGGGCGGCACGGCCACCGGCACCACCACGAAUCCCGUGGGAGUCGCCGAGGUGAACAGCGUGGUGCCGUGCAUUCCCAUCGGCCAGGUGAGCGUGCCGGGCAUUCAGGGGCUUGGCACGCCCAACCUGCAGCCUCUGCCGCCGCUGGGCAUGGAGACAGUGAACAUCCUGGGCCUGGCAAACACCAACAUCGCCCCGCAGAUGCGCCCUCCGGGAAUUACCCUCAACGCCGUGGGCCUCCAGGUGCUGACGGCCGGCGCGGCCCCGCAGGGCACCCCCAGCCCGCAGGGACACCUUCCCGGCCUGCAGAUCCUGAACAUCGCCCUGCCGACCCUCAUCCCCUCCGUCAGCCCCGCCAGCGCCGACGGCCAUGGAGCCUCCGAGGCACCCACCGCAGGCUCCAAAGCCGGCGAGGUCCACCUGGAGCCAGCUCCUGUUGGCUUCCCUGUGGCUGAGGCUGGCCUGACCGGCAGGGAUGCUUCUCCUCAGGCAGUGGCUGGCGGCCAGCGGUACGGUGGGAAGAGCCAUCCCGAGCCCACCCCGCUGACCAGCCCCGUUGGUCCUGGGAAAGCUGAUCCUGAAAAGACUGACCUCACGAACCCCAGCAAGCCAAAGCGUGACCUCCCUGCCCUCCAGGUGAAGAGGGCUGCCCCGGCAGAGCCCCGCUCCAAGGUGAAUCCCAACACGUUAACCAAGUCCCCAGUCCACCGAACUGUCACCCCGGACAGACAGGUACCCAGGCCAGCCGCCCCGCCCCAGCGGCAAAACACGGUGCAGUUUAGCGAUGGCAGCAGUGACGAUGAGGAUAGACUUGUAAUAGCAACCUAGUUUUUGUUUUUCGUUGUGUUUUUAUUUUUAGGGUUUUUUGGGUUUUUUUAAUAACACUUGCAGGUUUCUUUGCAAACCUUCCUUUCCUUAAAGCACAUUUUUCUGACACAAACCCAUUACUAAUCUUCGUGCAAUCAUGAACUCUUGACCAAUAAUUGUUGUUUCUUGUCAGCUCCAGCCAUUUUUGUACAUGUUGUAUAGACAAUUGUGCCUUUUUGGAGUUUUAUGUUUAGAAACCUGUACAGAUUGUUGAAUAUAUAUAUAUAAAUAUAUAUAUAUAAAAUAUGUAUAUUAAAACCAGGUAGUUGCUUGUGUUUAGUAAGUAAACAUCCUAUGUCAGAUAAAUAAAGGAUUAAAUUAUAUGUUGCACUGUUAAAUGUAAAUUUUUAUGGCUGUGGGACAAAGUUUCUGUGUACAGAUCUAGUAUGUAAAACUCCAUAUUUAUUGUAUCCAUAUUAGUCUUGGAAAAGGGUCUGUCCAUCUUUCUUGUGUAAGACGGUAGCUUUACACUUCAAAGAGAAAUACAGUAUCUGUGUUACAAAAUAUUACAGUAAAAUUUUGUUUACUGACUUUA